AUGGAUGAGCUUAGAGCUUUUUUUAACAAUCCGUUUCCAUCUUCUUCUCAAGUAACAAAGCUUCGAGGUCCGAUUACUGGAGGUCAUAGAAUUACAAAGGAUGAUAACAUAAAUCAACUAAACAGACCAGAGGAGCAUCGCCGGUCCGUGCUUGUUAGCGGUACAGACUAUGCUCGAGAAAUCAAAGAAAGGGAGACAGAAAUUUACUUGAAGAAUGAAAUAGAGAGAGAAAAAUGUGAAAGUAUAGCUGGGGGCCUUGAUUCUUUGGAGCAUCUAACAACAUGGGGAACAUCUAUGCCAAACAUUGAACAACUUACAGAAGAAGCAAUGACAGAAGUGUAUAGUAAAUAUUCAUUUCAGAGGAAGGAGGAUACAAAUAAUUUGGCAAUCAAUGAGUAUAGACAGCAGAUUUUAGAUCGUAUCUCAGGAUUCCCAGUAGUAAUUAUUGAGGGUCCAACAGGGUGUGGUAAAACAACACAAGUACCACAGUGGAUACUGGAUGAUUCUUAUAAAAAUCGCAGGCCCUGCAAAAUAGUGGUAACUCAGCCACGUAGAAUAGCAGCCAUAUCAAUUGCCAAAAGAGUGGCACAGGAACGUGGUUGGAAUAUUAGUGGCAUAGUUGGGUAUCAGGUGGCACUUGAGAGCAAAGUUACUAGUGACACUCGAAUUCAAUAUGUUACAACGGGAGUGCUGCUCCAAAAACUAGUUGCCGCCAAAAAUAUGAACGAGUACACGCACGUCAUAUUGGACGAAGUACACGAGCGUGGCCAGGAAAUGGACUUCCUCCUGCUUGUAGUCAAAAGGUUGCUUUACACUGUAUCGCCUCGCGUUAAAGUGGUCCUAAUGUCUGCGACGUUCAACCGGAAGGCGUUCGCCGACUACUUCAUGAUACCGACACCCCGCGGCCUGCAGAUGUCCACCUGCAUCAAGGUCAUGAAGAAGGAGCCAAUGUUCACAGUGAAGACAUUCUAUCUCAACCAUCUGAAUAAAUUCGGAUCUGUUCUUCAACAAGCAAUGCGCAAAUCUGAAACACCUGGCAUUGUUCCAGAAAUGCAUCAUCUAGUUGUAAAAUUAAUAAACGCCUUUGAGCAGAUUGACAAACAGGAAGACAACUAUACUGACCGCUCAGAAGCUGACUUGCCUUCUGUUCUGAUAUUUUUGCCGGGGAUUAACGAAAUAGAGGAACUCUAUGGAUGUUUGACCGAUACUGCUUUAAGGACUAAAAUGGGCGGCGGUGAAUGUGCUUCCUACAAGUGGUGGGUUCUGCCUCUGCACUCCACCAUAACUGCUGAUGAGCAGGUCAGGGUGUUCCAAAGGGCACCUGUUGGACACCGCAAGAUAAUAUUGGCUACCAACAUUGCUGAGAGUUCUAUCACGGUUCCUGAUAUUAAGUACGUGGUCGACUACUGCCUGAUGAAGGUGCUUGUGGCGGACGAGAACACGAACUUCACGUCGCUGCAGCUCUCUUGGGCGUCGAAGGCCAACUGCGAGCAGCGGGCGGGGCGCGCGGGGAGGGUGCGCGACGGCCGCGUCUACCGCCUCGUCACCGACAAGUUCUACGAAAAUCUGUCUGACGAAUGUACACCUGAGAUAAUAAGAUGUCCGUUGGAGAGACUGGUGCUGCUUGCUAAGAUGCUGGACAUGGGACCGCCUAGCGACGUACUUGCAUUGGCUAUGAACCCGCCGGACAUGUCCAAUAUAUAUCGAACUAUACUCGUUCUAAAAGAGGUGGGCGCAUUGAAGAAGACAGUAAUGGACGAGUGGUGUGUGUCCGACGGCGACAUAACUUACUUGGGUCGAAUCAUGGCCAAGUUGCCGCUCGACGUCAGGGUCUCGAAGCUCAUCAUGCUCGGCUACAUCUAUGGGUGUUUCGAAGAGUGCGUUAUCAUGGCGGCCGCGAUGUCCGUGAAAAAUGUGUUCAGCAGCCCGUUCCGGGAGCGACUCCACGCGUACAAUUCGAAGUUAACAUGGGCCGACGGAUCAACCAGCGACUGCAUCGCCUUCCUAAAUGUAUAUAAGGUGUGGAACCACCUGCGGCGGCUGAACUACUUCAAGCAGCAGGGCGGCGAGGCGCAGUGGGCGCGCCGCUUCUACGUGCAGGUGCGGGCGCUGCGCGAGCUGGACGACCUGGUGCGGGAGCUGAAGGCGCGGCUGUCGCGCGAGGGCCUAGAGCCCACCCCAUCGCCCUGGCCCAAGCACGAGCUCAACCUGGCCCUCAAGGUGAUCGCGGCGGGCGCGUUCUACCCGCAGUACUUCGUGCAGGCGUCGCUGGACGAGGGGCGCGAGCGGGAGGCGGUGCGCUCGCUGGGCGGGCUCGACCCGCGCCGCUCGGUGUACGUGCGCGGGCUGCCGCCGCACCAGCCGGCCGCGCCCUACGCCGCCUCCGUGCGCGCCGCCGUGCGACGCAUGCUGGGCGACGAGCCCACCGUCACCGUCGACGCCAACAGCCGAAAAAUAUACCUGACAUUUUCCGACGGGAGCGACACCGCGAAUGCUAACAAAGAGAAAACCGGAGAUCCAACUAUACCCGGCCAAGUGGUGUUACCAGUUUACAAGGCAAUUAAAGCUCGCCAGCUCAAGAUGGACAUCCGCAUUCCUUUAUUACCAAUAGAGAAAGCAAACGAGUUAGCGGCUGCUUUAGAACUUAGCAAUGUUAACAUCGACAUAGAGAAAAUGGUACCGCGCUUACCUGAAGUCGACGACACCCACUUUCCGAUAAAGAUAUCGCAAAUGAUGUCGGUGAGCAAGUUCUGGGCGCAAUACGACGACGAGUCGACCGCGAACGAGCUGUGGCAGGUGCAUGAGGCGCUCAACCGCGGCCCGCUGCUGGCCAGCGCGGGCGGCGAGCGGGCCGGCGUGCUGCGGGCCGCGCCGCGUGUCGACACCACUGGCACCGCCUACUGCAGGGCGCAAGUGCUGGCCAUGCUGCCCCUGGACAUGCUCGAGGUGCUGUACAUCGACUACGGCAUCUGCGGGCGCACGAGCGUGUGCAGCGUGCGCGAGCUGCCCGCCGGCAUCUGCACGGAGCUACCUCCGCUGGCCAUGCAGUGCGCGCUGGCUGGAGUCGCGCCCGCGCCGCUGCUGCACGACCACGCACAGUGGACCCCCGGCGCCCAGCAGCUCUUCUCAGCGCUCGUCGCCAAGGGCCACCUGCUCGGCAAGGUCUAUUCGGUGGUGCGCGGUGUGGUCUCAGUAGAACUGCUGGUGGAUGGUGGACGUAUAAGCAUCAACAAGGAGCUAAUUGAGAAGGGAUACGCGAUCCCUUGCGAGGAAAGCUAUGAGUCAAAGUUGAAUCACGACCUCAGACAGAUGGCGGCCGAUUUGAACAUGUCUCAGAAACGCGCCUACAACAAGGAGCAGGCCGAGGCGGCGUUCUUCCAGAUGCAAGAGAUCGAGCCGCCAAACUAUAAAGAGUGCGACUCCGAUGUAUGUCUGAAAGGACCAAACAGCCCAUUGGAGACGGUGGUGCAUAAUAUUAUGUACAGCAGCCGCGAGAAGCAAGUCCAUAUCGAAUGGAAUUCCGUAAAUUCCGUAUUAAUCGAUACCGAGCCGCAGGAGUUGUAUGAAAGGUUGUUGGUGGCAGCUGAGGUGGGUCAAAACGAAGCUUCCAGCACCCUCACAUUGCGACAUACCACAUUGAUGCCGAACAUACCCGGGCUGCCCGCCAUCAUAGCCCUGCUCUUCUGUCCAGUGGCGGAGCUGCGCCGCGACUCGUGCGGCAGCCGCUACGUGAGCGCGCUGUGCGGCCUGGGCAGCGGCGAGGACGGCACGCCCUACUUCCCAGAGCACGACAUCCUGGUCAACGUGGACGCGGACCUGGGCGUGGAGGACAUCGGCCUGAUCAACCACAUCAGGCAUCUGAUGGACUACAUGAUGUACUGCAGCGACGGACAGGACGCGCCGACGGCCGACGACGAGUUCCACCCCAAAGUGCCGAAGUUCAUACGCGAGGACCUCAUGAAGCUGCUGCGCAAGCGGCGCAAGCACCGCGCGCCGCAGUGCGUGGCGGACGCGUGGCUGUGGCGGUCGGCGGACGAGAGCGAGCUGCUCGAGAUCAGCGCGCCCGAGAUGGAGCGGCGCGCCGUCGUCUACCCGCUGCACGCGCCGCUCGAGCUGCACGCGCCGCCGCGCGACCGCCUGCUGCAGCUCAAGCGGGACAACGACGCGCUCGUCGCGCUCGUCGCCAGGACAUCGAUAUCAUCGAGCCAGGAGUUGACGUGCAAGCUAUGCAACACUUCACCGAUGCCGACGCACGCAAUGCGCAUACAUCUCUACUCGAACGCUCACAAAGAGAAGGAGGAUGACCUGUGCUCCGUACAAUCA